GUCUCUGCCGUGCGCUCAACAUGUCAACAUGUUCCCAUCACACAGUUAGAUCGUAGCUAAAUCAGAGUUGUGAAAUAUAUUUUGAUAUACCUAAUACAUAUAUAUAUAUAUAUAUACAUAUAUAUAUUGCAACUGCGCGUGUUGCCCGCAGACAUGUCUGACGAGGUGCGCUGCUUGAAGGCUCAGCUCGAGGAGAAAGAGAAAGAGAUCGCUGCUCUGAAGAAUAAACUGUCCCGAGUGGAAAAGAGCCCUGCCACAGUACUGGAGCUGCAUGAGAAAGUGACACCCUUAACCCCCCUGAAAGCCAAAGCAGCCCUCAGCAAUGAGGACAUCAUGCGGUACAGCAGACAGCUCAUUCUGCCUGAGCUGGGCGUACAAGGUCAGCUUAAUUUAUCCAAGACCUCAGUGCUGAUUGUGGGGUGCGGAGGACUGGGCUGCCCCCUGGCACAGUAUCUCGCGGCAGCAGGCAUCGGGCGCCUGGGCCUGCUGGACUAUGACGAGGUGGAGCUCAGUAACCUGCACAGACAGGUGCUUCACGGGGAGGAGAACCAGAACCAAGCAAAGGCUCUGUCCGCUGCCAAUGCAGUUAAAAGGUUGAACUCAACAGUAGAGUGUCUUCCCUACCACCUGAAGCUCUCGCCGGAGAACGCCUUGCAGCUCAUUCGACAGUAUGACAUUGUGGCGGAUUGUUCGGACAACGUCCCCACUCGCUAUCUGGUGAAUGACGCCUGCGUGCUCAGUGGCAAGCCUCUGGUGUCAGCCGGCGCUCUGAGAAUGGAGGGACAGCUGACAGUAUACAACUACCGCGGAGGCCCCUGCUACAGAUGUCUGUACCCGGUUCCCCCACCCCCAGAGACGGUGACCAACUGCUCCGACGGAGGGGUGUUAGGAGUGGUUCCAGGGAUAAUAGGCUGCUUCCAAGCUUUGGAAGUCCUCAAGAUUGCCUCCGGACAAGGCUCUUCCUGCGGCCAGCAGCUGGUGAUGUUUGACGCUCAAGACGCCAGAUUCAGGUCCAUCAAGCUGCGGCCCAAGCAGGCCAGCUGUGCAGUGUGCGGAGAGAAGCCCAGGGUGACCCAGCUGGUGGACUAUGAGGCUUUCUGUGGGUCUGCUGCCACAGAUAAGUGCCGCAAACUCAACCUCCUUUCCAGAGACCAGAGGAUCACGGUACAGGAUUAUAAGUCGAUAAUGGACAACGCAGAGCCCCAUCUCUUGUUGGAUGUGCGCCCUCGUGUGGAGGUGGACAUAUGCCACUUACCUCUCUCCCUCAACAUUCCCCUCUCGAGUUUAGAGGAGAGGAAGAGCGAACAUAUCCAGUUACUCCAGGAGAGAAUCGGCCAGUUGAAACGGCAGAUGGAGGGCGACUGCCGGCCUCCAGUGUAUGUGAUCUGUAAGAUGGGGAACGACUCUCAGAAGGCGGUGCAGGUUGUGGAGAAGAUGAGUGGAUCAGAAGUGGACAGUGUUUCAGUGAAAGACAUCUGUGGAGGCCUCAUGGCUUGGGCAAAGAGAGUGGACCCCACAUUUCCACAGUAUUAAUCCAUUUUAAAUUCUUUUGUUAAUAAACUUGGUUUUUCCAUCAUUGUUCAGUUGUUUUCUUAUUUGUAUGCGCACUGAACUGUGUGCUGUCAGGUGGAUUGGCUUUAAUGUCAAUACUGAAUAGCAAAGUCUCACAUAGAGAGAGUGUAACAAUGGAACAGUUCCUAAAAUGUGUUGUGUAAUCUACUGUGUCGAUCAGUGCAUCGAAGACAUGAGCUGACAGUUGGAUAACACACAGGCAUCCUUGCAAAAUCGAAUCCCUCUUCCUGUUUUUUCUUUGAAUUCUUAGUAUUAGAGGCCUAAUAGUUAAUUGAACAGAUGGCUUAAUGAAGAAAUUAAACCUACACUUUACAUUUCAGACAUAACUACUGACCCUUAUUUUCCCUUUAAACAUCCGCUAAGCUGUUUACAGCUUUUGAGAGAGAACACAGAUACUUUUACUUUCUUUGUUUAUUUAUUAAAGUAAAGUUAAUUCAGCCCAUUCCUCAUUUUGCUGGGGACACAUAUGAACCCUCUCAAUAGCACCUGAGGGCUCCUGACCCCCAAUUUUGAAACUUCAU